AGAACACAUUGAGGUACAGUCAAAUGUGGUCCAACAAGCGCGUGAGAGGGGAGGCGCGCUCUGAGUCUGAGUCUGUCCGUUGUGCACGUCGACCGCCAUCCGACUUUGUCUGCUCAACUCUGCUGCCGCCUCGUCACCGCAGACGGCCGACACACACGCGAUGGCGCGUCGUUCGUCCUCCAAGUCUAGCGGUCGCGAUUUCCAGCCUGCUUACGACGCAGCGACAUACCGCGAUCUCCUGCUCUUCGAGGAGCGCCUCAAGACGAACGCCGCUUCCCUUAACCGGAGAAAGCGUCGCUACCAGCUGUUCCUCGCACAGUUGCUUGUUAUCAUUACCUUCCUCGCGAGCGAAGUCUUACUCCAAACCAACGUCCUGUCAAUCCCCUACGCGGUGCUCCUCCGCGCAGUGUUCUCGGAUCUUUACGCGGAGCGCACAGACAUCAGCAUUCACCCGUACUUCACUACGGGUCUGUUUGUCAGUGUGACGACUCUGGUGCUCUUUUUCGCCUCCGGGAUGUAUAGCGAGAAGAUAGGAUAUGCAAACCGGUAUGUGCCGCAUGCGAACCGCGCCCUCCGAAGUUUCAACAUGUACUUGAACGUCCGCCAGCCUCCACUCCGUUCCAAGCUGCCUGCCUUUCUCAACCCCUUUACUCUACUCUUUCCUCGAUCAACAUCAUCAUCAGUCGCUCCCGCCGCUCCGCCUCGCCACCGCUCCCCUUCACCCCCUUCUAGCCGCACCAAACGUAGCUCCUCCGUCCCUAUUCCGCCCAUUCCACCGGCCUCUAAUCCGCGCGGUGAGCUUAUCUUCUCAUCGCGCGUCGACCGGGGUUUCCGCGAGAGCUACGAGCGUUAUCGAGCAGUGUUCGAGCGGCGGCGAGAGGAGCGCGAACGUAUAGAACGAGACAAGACGUGGACAGGUUGGAUACUUUCCAGAUUGCUUUGGGCAAGGUCAUCACCAAUCUCUCCUGUUAUUCAUUCCGUAAGCAAUGGGGGAUUUAGGCUGCGGAUGGAAAGUGGGCAAAGUGACCGUGGAGAUGACAGCUUACCUUCCUCCAGGAAGGUGAGUUUACAGGGGUCUCUAUCUGUUUUGGCACGGCCAAAGCAGGCUGGACAGAUACAUCCUUUGGCAUCUGUGGCCAUACCAAGUGCUGGGUGGAAGCGUGAUACACCUUAGGAAUAGGUGCUCAAUUGUAAGAGAAAUAAUUGUUGGUAGUUUGCCCCUUGGCUGGCCACACGCAGUACCUCCAAGACCUCCUAUCCAAUCCGCGGAUUCCAGACUAUCACCCCCUCCGGCAUGUGGCUCACCCGCACAAGCGAUGGACCGGGUGACUUCUGACUCGAGGACGCACUGGGAGCGACCGUACGGUUGCCCGCUACUUAUGUAGGACUCCUUCCUUCCUCUCUCUGGGCUUGCUCGCGCUUCCUGCAGUCCAUGCAACAGGUUUCUCUUUCACCGCUCGGGAUGCUUCAACUGAUCCUGCAAACUCGACAAACUCGACCGUUGACAUGGUCGUGGCGGCGUGGUAUACCGGAUGGCACUCCGAGGACUUCACGCUGAACAACGU